AUGGCCUGGCGGAACCAAGGCAUCACAGGCUCGAACAACAUCCCGCUCGGAAACCGACGAAGGUUCGGCGGCGAUAGCGUCACGCCUUCCGAUGAUGGAGGCUACAAUCCUUCUGAGCCAGCGACGGGCCUCUCUGAGCUCAGCGCCAAGCGCGGUCGCAGUCCUGUCAUGGAGUUGAAUCCAGACGGCACCAAAAAGCGAAAGAAGCGGAACCGAUGGGGAGAUGCUUCGGAGAACAAGGCUGCGGGUCUCAUGGGUCUCACGACCGCCAUCAGGGCAAACAUGACCAGCGAGCAGCUCGAAGCCUACACUCUGCAUCUGCGCAUCGAGGAGAUCAGCCAAAAGCUGAGGAUCAACGACGUUGUCCCAGCCGAUGGCGACAGGUCUCCCUCGCCGCCGCCCCAGUACGAUAAUUUCGGUCGCCGUGUCAAUACUCGUGAAUACCGCUACCGCAAGCGCUUGGAAGAAGAGCGCCAUAAGCUUAUUGAGAAGGCCAUGAAGGUCAUUCCUAACUAUCACCCACCGUCUGACUACAGACGUCCGACAAAGACCCAAGAGAAAGUCUACGUGCCGGUUAACGAUUAUCCGGAGAUUAACUUCAUUGGUCUACUCAUUGGACCUCGUGGUAACACGCUUAAGAAAAUGGAAACCGAGUCUGGCGCCAAGAUCGCUAUUCGUGGCAAAGGAUCGGUGAAAGAAGGAAAAGGACGAUCUGACGCCGCUCACACCAGCAACCAGGAAGAAGACUUGCACUGUCUCAUCAUGGCAGAUACCGAGGAGAAGGUCAACAAAGCGAAGAAGCUUAUUCACAACGUUAUUGAGACCGCUGCUUCAAUCCCCGAGGGCCAAAACGAGCUUAAACGCAACCAGCUCCGAGAGCUAGCCGCGCUCAACGGUACGCUCCGUGACGACGAAAACCAGGCCUGCCAAAACUGUGGCGAGAUCGGACACCGCAAAUACGACUGCCCGCAACAGCGCAAUUUCACCGCCAACAUCAUCUGUCGUGUGUGCGGUAACGCUGGCCACAUGGCUCGCGACUGUCCUGACCGUCAACGCGGUGCAAGCUGGCGCAACGACGACAGAGGUGGCUUUGGUGGCCGCCCUGCUCCCGGCCGAGUUGGACCGGGCGAUGCAGUCGAUCGCGAGUACGAGUCGCUCAUGCAAGAACUGUCCGGCGGCGCGCCGAUUGCUGCUGGCGCAACUCAACAGCGCAUCGAAGCUGGACCCGGAGGCUAUGACCAGAAUGGCGCAGAUGGAUACGGUGGCGGCGGCGAUCGUGGCAUGAAGCCUUGGGAGCGUGGACCGACCGGCGCAGCAGCCCCAUGGCAGCAACGUGAUCGGGACGACCGUGGCGGUUCAGGCGCAGCGCCUCCUCCUUGGGCUGGUGGUGGACAUGGUGGCGACAGCUAUGGUGGAUACGUACAGCAACAGAGCGGCUACGGCGCUCCGCCUGCUCCAUCAGGUGUCGCUCCCUGGCAACAGGCUGCAGCCGCUCCCCCUCCUCCUGGCGGACAGGCUUACGGCUACGGCGCAUACUCUGGCGCCGGUUACGAUCAAUCUGCAGGCUAUGGUCAAGCACCUGGCAUGGGCGCCCCGCCAGGUAUGCCUGCCGCUCCGCCACCAGGCCUUGGUGCUCUGUUCCAGACCUAUGGCAACGCUGGCAGUCCUCCGCCGCCGCCCCCGCCGGGUGAUGCUGCACCCCCUCCAGUAAGUGUUCACUCCUGGCACGCGUAUCAGUAG